AUGUAUCAUGAUUCUGGAAAAGAAAUGGAAAAAGUAACAAACAAUGAUCAACAAGAUGAAUCAACUUACAAUGGGAAGAGAGACAAAAACAAAGAGGUCAUAGAUGAAGAAAAACCAUAUGUGCCUCCACCACCAUAUAAACUACCUAUCCCUUAUCCUCGAAGACUUGUUAAGUUUAAAAAUGAAGGGCAAUUUAAGAAAUUUGUAGAUCUUCUAAAAUGGUUGAAUAUCACAAUCCCUUUCACAGAAGCCACCACAAAAAUGCCUUCGUAUGCUAAGUUCCUUAAAGAAAUUCUUUCUAACAAGAAAAAGCUCAAAGAUAAUGAAACUGUGACGCUCACCGCUGAGUGUAGCGCUAUAAUUCAAAACAACAUGCCUUCAAAGUUAAAAGAUCCAGGUAGCUUUUCCAUACUUUGCGUAAUAGGAAAAUUUGUCAUAGAUAAAGCACUUUGCAAUUUAGGAGCCAGUGUUAGUUUAAUGCCCCUUUCCAUAUGUGAAAAACUCAAAUUAGGAGAAGUAAGACUCACGAGAAUGCCUCGCCAACUAGUUGACCGUUCUGUUAAGUUCUCACGCGACGAGGUUCCACUGAAAGGAAUCUUAGAAGUAGAAGUUUUUGACGUAUGGGGUAUUGAAUUUAUGGGCCCUUUUCCAUCUUCCUUUGGUAACAAAUACAUACUCGUUGCGGUUGAUUAUGUAUCAAAAUGGAUCGAGGUUGUAGCCUCUUCUAUAAAUGAUGCACGAGUCGUGGUUAAACUCUUUAAGAAUACUAUUUUUCCUAGAUUCGGUGUGCUGAGACUCACCAUUAUUUACGGUGGAUCUCACUUUAUUUCAAAUAUCAUUGAAAGACUAUUGCUCAAGUACGGAGUCCGACACCGAGUAGCAACAACCUACAACCCUCAAACGAGUGGGCAGGAAAGAACUAAACAGUGGCAUGAUAAACGUAUAGCAAGAAGAAAGUUUAAUGAAGGUGAUGUAGUACUUCUCUUCAAGUCUCGACUAAAACUAUUUGCAGGAAAACUUUGUUCUAGAUGGUCUGGACCUUUUGAAUUUACAAAAGUAUUCCAAAGUGGAGCUGUUGAAAUAAAAGAGAUGCAACCAGUAGAUAACUUGGAGAUUACUUUCAAAAACGAAGCCCAGAGGCGGCAUUUUGAGGUUCUUGCUCAGAGAGAGAUGGCAUUAUCCAUAUACCCUGAUGGACCUACCAUGACCACUUUAGGGAUUAGAGACGGUGUCAUGUAUAUGCUUAACUAG